AUGUUCAUUGGAACCGCUACUGCGGGCAGACUAUUGUCCUGCUCUAUUAAUCUAAGGAUUACCACUCGAGGUAUUGGAUAUUUGGGUUACUUGGCGCCAAAUGAAGGAUCUACCCUGGGAUACAAACGUUUAGGACGUGGACCUUCUUCCAAUAAAGGUAAAACAUCGGGACGAGGUCAAAAGGGGCAGAAAGCAAGAGGUAAGGUACCAAUAUGGAUGGAAGGUGGUCAAACACCAUAUUUUAAACAAAUGCCAAUGGUAGGAUUCAGAAAUGCCCACAAUGCCAAACAGUAUCACGAAGUCAACUUGAGCAAGAUCCAAGAUUUUUGGAAUACUGGAAGGAUACCAUUAAAAGAAGGUGAUACCCUUACUAUCAAGGUCAUGAGAGAGUGUGGCAUCAUCACAGGAAGUUUGAAAGAUGGAGUGAAAGUUUUGGGUAAAAGCACUACUGACUACAAUGUGCCGCUCAAUAUCGAAGCUUCGAAAGCAACUGACCUGGCAAUAGACAAAAUAGAGAGUGUUAAUAUGUCCUUUACUGCUAGAUAUUUUUCGAAAUUGGGAUUGAGAGCAUUUGUUAAUCCCGACUAUUUUCUUUUAAGAAAAGGUUAUGUUCCUUUACAAGCAAGACCAACCAGUCAGAAAGAUAUUUCGUAUUAUUCGGACCCUGACAAGAGAGGCUAUUUACACAAGGACCGUUCGAUACUUUUGGACCAAUUGGAUAAAGCUCGUGAAGAAUUGAAAACGGCAAAACCAAAGAAGAAAUUGUCAAAAUUCAAGUCGUUACUGGAACAACUUAAGGAAGCUUCGUCAGUGAAUUUCCAAUCCACAAGUAAGCUUGUAAGUGUAAAGGACUUGGCCUGA